CUUAUAAGUAUUGUUCGCAAAUUGAGAAUAAACAUUUAUUUAGUACAAAUAAAAUUAAAUAGUGGCAGUUUUUUUCUUAAAACAAAAAAAUAUUUAGUUCGCAAUUUUCCCAGAAGAUGUCGUUUCAGGUUUAUAUUGCUGAUAAACGGUACCCAGCUGUUGGUUUGGACUUAUUGAGAAAAACAACUCAAACAACUUUUUUAACUUAUUUGGAAUACGGAGAAGACAGUCUAAAAGAAAUAAAAAAUAAUAUCAAAGGAUGCGACGGAUUAAUUUGGAACACGCAUCAUCCACUUACAGCAGAAAUAUUAGAUUUAGCUGGUAAAAUAUUGCUUUUAUGUCCCCAACUAAAAGUGAUAUCAUCAACGUCCACUGGGUUCGACCACAUCGACCUUGGAGAGGUGAAAAAACGUGGCAUUCCAUUGGGCUAUGCGCGACUCGUGCUAAACAAUUCUGUGGCUGACGUGGCCGUGGGACUCAUGAUAGCAGCUGCCCGAAGGUUUAAAGAAGGCGUAAUAAAUACGGAAAGUGGUAAUUGGGAGCUCGGAGCGCAAUGGAGGCUUGGCCAGGAUAUAACUGGCAGCACUGUGGGUAUCGUUGGGCUGGGUUCCAUCGGCCAAGCUGUUGUGAGGAGGCUGAAGGGAUUUGACGUUGCCAAGUUCCUCUAUUGUGGGCGCCGGGAAAAGCCUGAAGCUAAAACUUUAGGAGUCCAACGAGUGUCCCUCGAGCAGUUGUUAGCAGAAAGUGACUACGUCAUCCUAGCUUGCCCUUUAACUGAUGAGACGAAGGAGCUCAUAAACGCAAACACGCUGAAAAUGAUGAAGAAAACCGCCGUCUUAGUUAAUAUUGCGAGAGGAGGGUUGGUAGAACAAGACGCGCUGUACGAGGCGCUGAAGGAGAACAGAAUAUUCGCGGCCGGCUUGGACGUGGUCACGCCGGAGCCGAUACCCAAAGACCACAAGAUACUCUCGUUGCCCAACUGCUUUGUAACACCGCAUAUGGGAGGCGCUACCAUGAGCAACCUAAACACCAAAGCUAUCAUUGCCGCCAAGAACAUACUUCUUGGUUUAGAGGGAAAACCGCUUCUAUACCCUGUCAUAUAAAGAUUAAUCAUUUACCCUAUUUAAGACAAAUAUGGUUUUUAAUUUAUUAACUAUUUACCUUUUAAUAGUUACUAACGUUUCACUCCUUAACAUUCCAUGUUGUCUGCAUCCAAUUUUAUGUGAAUAAAUAAAUUUCGUUAUAACCAUAA